UAAUCAGCCCUACCUCCACAACAUCAGGCCGCGCCCUUUCCGAAUUUACUACUUGUGGUAUUGCCCUCUAGUACUAGACUUAGACUAGUAUAAUUGAGGUGUGUUGUGCUGGGCUUCAUGUAAGCUCUUGCUGCAUGAUUUUUCGAGAAGACUGCACUUUUUUCAACAUGCACGUCAGCGUGGCAUUGAUUCUUGGGCAAUAUUUGAUUCAUACGACAAGAUUAGACUUACUCGCAUUCACCUUGUCGAGCCCUUAUUUAAGCUUGUCGGAUAAUUCAGCUUCCACUACUGAACUCUGAUUUAACUGACUUACUUACUACUACACUCUUACAACUUCGAGUUCCACUCAUUCUAGAGACAACAAGAUGUCGUCCGUGUCUUCUAGCUUGCGACCAACAUGCAGUGGGUGCGGCAAGGUUGAUCUCCCGCAUUCCAUGGGGUGCCCAACGUGCGCCAAGUUAGGCUUGCCUCCGUCUUACUUUUGCUCCCAGGAGUGUUUUAAGGAGAAGUGGAAGACGCACAAGAAGGUGCACAAAGCCGCGCAAGCCACCGUGGAACAAUGGCGGGAAAGCAAACAUUUAGAUCGAUCAGUGUUUGCAAAUUACAAUUUUUGUGGACCACUACGACCCUUCCCGGCUUCCUUCCCAAUGCGCGGCGUUCCUGGUGGCGGCAAAAUAGAGCUGCCGGACUGGGCUUUGACAGGGAUACCGGAAAUAGAAGCAAAAGCGAAUCGGAGUGGAGGUAUUGAUCUUCAUUGAGUAGCAUGCCAUUGUAAGAAAUAGACUGAGAAGUACUAAAGAUGCAAUUUUUGCAUCGACGGGAUUUUGUGGUUUUUGCAGUGAGGUUCCUCUACAACUGCUAGUACAACAAUACGGAGGUCUAAUGGAUGGAAGUUGGAAUUGAUGUGAAGGUGGAUAGAUGAGCAAUUAUUUCACUGCAUUUUCGAAUGUAAUAUGAUUUCUACUGUAAAUCUUUUUACACAGCCAUUCCUGUGGUUUCGGAUCCAGCAGAAUUAGAGAAGCUUAGGGCCAGUUGCAAGCUCGGCCGCAAGGCUUUGGAUGUCGCCGGCGCUAUGAUCGCUCCCGGUGUCACCAGUGAGCAGAUUGACACAGCGGUGCAUGACUUCAUCGUAUCGCACAACGCCUAUCCCUCUCCGCUGAACUACCGCGGCUUCCCCCGAUCCUGUUGCGUUUCAGUGAAUGAAGUAGUCUGCCACGGGGUUCCAGACUCCAGGCCCUUAGAGGAGGGCGACAUUGUGAACGUGGACGUGACCUGCUACUACCAGGGCUAUCACGCGGACCUGAACGAGACUUUCUUGGUGGGGACCCAGGGUUCGGGGGAUGCGGGCUUAGACGCGGACACCAUCAGAUUACUGCGCGGAACCUACGAAAGCUUGCAAGCCGCAAUAGCCAUGGUGAAGCCCGGCGUGAUGUACAGGGAACUCGGAGGAGCCAUCACCAAAGUAGCUCGUAAGCACGGAUUGUCCGUGGUGCGCAGUUACUGCGGUCACGGCGUGGGGAAGCUCUUCCACUGCGCGCCCAGCAUCCCGCACUACGAGAAAAACAAGGCCGUGGGCGUCAUGAAGGUGGGCCACGUCUUUACAAUUGAGCCGAUGAUAAAUUUAGGCGGAUACGAAGACCAGACGUGGCCAGAUAGCUGGACGAGCGUGACGAGAGACGGGAAAAGGUCUGCGCAGUUCGAGCACACAAUGAUCGUCACAGAAACGGGGGUCGACGUGCUUACAAAAAGGACAGAAAAAAGCCCGCCAUUUCGAUGGGAUGUAGACUAGACCUACCACCGAUUUUGCACAGACUUCUCCUCCUGUAAUCUCAUCCCGGACCCUGAAGAUGUUUCGUCAAUCGGACAAGGCAAUUUUUCGAUGCAAACUCGUCGUUCCUCAACAACUAUACUGGACGAGGUGUGG